UAGCAGAUAUGUUGUUGUAAGCACAUCAAUAGCACACUAUUUCCACAAGCUGUUAUUGUUAUCUAUCACAAGAACAAGCAGCAUUAGCAACCAAGCAAGAGAAUGGCGACGACAGCAGCCUUGUGCGGCACUAUGAUGAGCAGCUCCUUCCUGAGGAGAAAAGCAGUGGUCACAAGCCUGAAGGCAUUCCCCAAUGCUAACGCAGUGUUUGGUGUAAAGGGUGGACGUGGAGGUGGUGUGACUGCCAUGGCUAGCUUCAAGGUGAAGCUGAUAACCCCAGAGGGAGAGAAAGAAUUUGAAUGCCCAGAUGAUGUAUACAUUCUUGACCAGGCAGAGGAGGAAGGGCUUGAGCUUCCCUACUCAUGCAGGGCUGGUUCUUGCUCUGUGUGUGCUGGCAAAGUUGUAUCUGGCAAAGUUGACAAUUCAGAUGCCACCUUCCUUGAGGAUGAACAAUUAGAAGCAGGAUUUACUCUCACCUGUGUUGCUUACCCCACCUCAGACGUUGUCAUUGAAACCCACAAGGAGGAAGACCUCUCUGCUGCUUAACUUUCUUCCUUUCUCACCAACAUAUUAUGCAUUCAUGAGCAUUCAUUACUUCCACCUGUAGUAGCAACUGAACUUCAUUGUUGUAUUGUAACUCUAAUAAUCUUUCCUUACUGGUUUUGCACACAAUGGUUCAAUAACAACUCUCAUUUUCCUUGAUACUAUAAAUGUGGUAUACCCUUUCAGUCA